UUCGGGCGGCGCCAAGAAAAUUUCCGUUUGUUUCUAUCGUACCCCAAGUUUCCCGAGAAAAUUUCAGCUGUGUUUCUUCCUGCUGCCGAAACAAGUUUUCCGGUGAUAGUCGAGAAGAUAAAAAUGCUUGACUUUAUUUUCCGUCAACAUGUGUUAUUAUCUUAGAGGGAAAAAAGAAACUCUGAUUCAUUUAUACUGACAGUGCUCUGAGAAGAGAAAUCCCAAAAGCAUGCAUAGAUAUGUGUCUAGGGUUCCUUUGCGAUCGAUUUCUGACUCACUUUACUUAUCAAAGUCAUCUGUAUACGAUCAGAAGAAUCUCGUGAGAAAAUUGGAAUCAUUGCGGACUUUUACAACCUCAAGAGGUAUUGUUAAACAUCACGAUUGCUUCGGGUAUGGAAGAAAAUCAAUUACCAGGCUCUUGCAGGUGCAAAUUGUUGAUGCACUUCGCUCAAACGAGAGAAGCAGGGCUUCGAGUUUGCUUUCAGAACUUGGCCGUGGAAACUACUCCUUAAGAGCUGAUGACUUUAUUUAUAUUCUUGAACACUGCUCAAAAUCACCUGAUCCCUUAUUUGUCAUGGAGAUUUGGAGAAUUAUGGAUGAAAAAGAGGUUCACGUGAACAAUAGAUGCUACAUGCUUAGCAUUCAAGCUCUCUGUAAAGGGGGUUACCUGGAGGAGGCGUUUAAUUUAUUGAAUUUUGUUGGAGAAAAUCAUGAUAUCCAUCCUAUUCUGCCUGUGUACAAUAAUUUCUUGAGAGGAUGUGUUCAAAUAAGGAGUCUACUUCACGCCAACCAAUGCUUGGAUCUGAUGGAGCACCAAGUACUGGGGAAGAAUGAAGUAACGUAUUCACAGUUUCUCAAGCUUGCAGUUUUGCAGCAAAACCUGUCUGCUGCCCAUAAAAUUUGGAAGGAAUAUAUGACAUACUAUAGUAUGAGCAUCAUUUCUCUGCGGAAGUUUAUUUGGUCCUUUACAAGGUUGAGCGAUUUGGAAUCGGCUUAUGCAGCCUUGCAACAUAUGGUGGAUUUGGUUUUCAAGGGAAGCAUCUUUAUCAAUAAAAGUGCUGAAGGAAGGUUAUGUUCUUCAAGAUUGGACAUUCCUAUACCUAAGAAUGGUGAUAUGGGUCUGAAGAGAUGUAUGGAGGAGAAUGAACAUUCUUUACCUUCUGUCUCUGAUAAUAGUAAGAAAAUAGACUCUCAUGCAAGUAAUGUUGAGGACUCAACUAUUUUUUAUAUGGGAAGUAAAGAAGAUAAGGGUUUUGGCAUAAAUAUGCUGGAAAAAUAUAAAGGCAUGCCUGUAAUGAAGGUUUUGAGGUGGUCUUUCAGUGAUGUGAUAUAUGCAUGCGCACAAACUCAGAACCGUGGACUGGCAGAACAGUUAAUCCUCCAGAUGCAAAACCUUGGGUUGGAACCAUCAUGCCAUACAUAUGAUGGCUUAAUCAAAGCAAUUGUCAGUGACAGAGGUUUCAGUGAUGGCAUGGAAGUGUUAAAAACAAUGCAACUGAGGAAUUUGAAGCCAUAUGAUUCAACUCUUGCUGCUCUUUCAAUAGGUUCCAGCAAAGCUUUACAGCUGGAUUUAGCAGAGUCUUUGCUGGAUCAAAUUUCCAGAAUUUCAUAUGUUCAUCCCUUUAAUGCUUUUCUUGCAGCAUGUGACACACUGGAUCAACCUGAACGUGCUGUUCCAAUACUGUCUAAGAUGAAACAACUGAAGCUUCAGCCAAAUGUUGGAACAUAUGAGCUGCUAUUCUCCCUAUUUGGUAAUGUGAAUGCACCAUAUGAGGAGGGGAAUAUGUUGUCACAGGUUGAUGUCGCUAGAAGGAUAAAGGCUAUAGAAAUGGACAUGAUGAAUAAUGGCAUUCAACACAGUCAUUUAUCAAUGAAGAACUUGCUGAAAGCCCUUGGAGCAGAGGGGAUGAUAAGAGAAUUGAUGCAAUACUUACAUGUGGCAGAAAACCAAUUCUUCCGUACUAACACUUAUCUUGGAACACCUAUUUAUAAUACGGUGUUACAUUCACUUGUUGAAGCCAAGGAAAGUCACAUAGCAAUAGAAAUAUUCAAAAAUAUGAUUUCACGCAGUCUUCCGCGAGAUGCUGCAACUUAUAAUAUAAUGAUAGAUUGUUGCAGUACUAUAAAAUGUUACAAAUCAGCUUGUGCUCUGGUUUCUAUGAUGAUGCGUGAUGGUUUUCUUCCAUGGACAUUAACCUACACUGCUCUCAUAAAGUUUUAUUCCAACACACUCAUACAUGCAAAACUGAAGCAGAGGCUGACUCGGGAACUGGGACCUUGGGCUGGCAAUGAACAAAGGGAAGUCUUGGUUUCCAUUUCUUGCCUUGUGUGCCUGAAAUUUCAGCCCUUGUUUUUUAUAAAACCACCCUUUCAGGGAUAAUAAUAAGGCUCUUAUAAAAAAAAUUUAGCUGUUAUUUUUUAUAAUAAUUUUUAGUUCUAAUACCGAUAGACCCCUUAAUAUCUCUCUCCAUAAUCAGUAAAAUACAUCUCAUUCUCUUAAGUUUUGGUUAGUGAGUUGCAGUAGUGCACUUUAUUCUGUAUUUCGAUACAAGUGCAAUGGCCAAUGAAGGCAUACCAUGUCAGCAUGAUUACGUAGUUAUUUGAUGAAGUACACCUACCAAUAUUAAAGAUGAACCAAACCAAUCAUCAGUGGUUCUAGUCAAAAUUCAUGCCAAGCCUAUUUCAAUAAAAAUCAGGCCCCACCAUGUAAAGGGUUCUAUUUAACUGAACUUGGUCUCCUGACUAUUUGGGAUUGCUGUACAGUUACCUUUUUAACCGCUUUGCCUCUAUCUAAGGUCAUAUAGUCUCUUGUAGUUUCAAUCCCACAUUCUUUUGUGACUUCCCUGGAUUUCCAUAGCACCUUAAGUAUAAUUGAAUUUCUCCUUAUCAUUGGACUCUGAAACUUUGUUGACUAAGCAUUCCUGCCACCUUUCCUUGUAUUGUCAUCAGCUCAGGCUAUCCCUGACUUCUGAUAAAUGCAUUAUUCAGGGUUCUACUCAUCCAUAUUGUGCCUUUCAUUUCAGUGCGGUUAAGUUAAUGGCUUGUCCUUUGAUGGACCAGGAAUUUGUAGCAUAAGAAAAGCAUGGCCAUCCUCAUGGUUGUAUUAGAAUAUGUCAUCAUUUUUUUUAUUUUUUUUCUCAUUUAAAAUGUUCUAUAGUUACAUUCGAAGGAUACUUGCCCCUGAGUCAGUUCAGCCACUGACAGAUCAAUGUAAUAUUUGCAAAUGAUUACCUACUGAUUUGACUUUAUUCUAUUUGAGGAUGAGAAAUCCAACAGAAAUGAUAAUUGGAUGGACUAGUGCACAUGCUAGUGUUUAGUGUUUCUGUUGCAUGAAUGCAUCUUGAUUUUGUUAAGGUAAAGUUCCUGAUAAUUCAGUUUCCUAGUGGGGGGUACUGCUCAAUAUUUAAUUGACAUUUUAAAGGACAUUUAAAUUGAUUUUGGAAUUGGCAGUUUUCUUAUUAUUAAGUGGAUUGUG